AUGGCUGCACUUCCGGUCGAAAAUUUUGCUGAGUUUCAAGACGUCAUCAACCGCUCUGAGCCUACGAUAAUUUAUUUCUUCGAUGAAAAUGGUGGCCCCGGUCCAGAGUUAGAACAUUUAUUGAACGGUGCCGCUGGGGUGGCAGCUUUCUUUGCUGACAUUGACCAAUGCCAUAUUGAACGAGAUGCCAGGAAGUUGCCACAGACGGUUCUGUACAAGGGCGGCGAGGAAUUGGGUGAUGCUGAUGGAGGCGAUAUGGACAUGUUUUUUGAGCUCUGUGAGAGGGCGCAAUCCGAGGCAUAA